AUCGAAGAUAAAUUUUUCUUCACUGAUAUUAAAACUCUUUCUUUCUUUCAACACCUCAUAAGAUACUCACUGGAAACUUCAACAGGAUACAGUUUUAAUCAUCUCCCAAAUACUAAGCCUUAUUACCCUACUACCCCACUAUGAGCACCACCACAUCACAUGACCCCUCCUCGUCUUCCACUCCCCCUAAAAUCCUCAUCUCUCCCUCCUCUGCUCAAGCAUUCAUCGAAUCCGUCCUCACCGGCAAUGGCGUCCCAGCAGCAAACGCCACCAUCAUCGCCAAAGCACUCGUCCUCGCCGACCUCCGAGGCGUCGACACCCAUGGCAUGAACCGCAUACCAUCCUACAUGGAAAGAAUCCGGCAAGGAGUUCUCGACCCCAAAGCCCAGCCAGAAUUAAAACAGAUCACACCUGUCGUCGCCCAGAUUGAUGGCAAGAAUUCUUUUGGAUUCCUCGGUGCGAGUUUAGGGAUGAAAUCAUGCAUCGAAGCCGCAAAAAUCUACGGCAUAGGAAUGGCGUCUAUCAAGCACAGCAAUCAUUUCGGCAUGGCCGCCUGGAUCGUCCAGCAAGCGCUAGACGCGGGCCUCAUGUCCCUCGUCUUCACCAACUCAUCACCAGCCCUUCCCGUUUGGGGCGGGAAAGAAAAACUCAUGGGCGUCUCUCCAAUCGCUUGCGGAGCUCCUGGUGCGGAAAAAGAUUUCAUUCUUGAUAUGGCACCGUCUGUGGCUGCCAGAGGAAAGAUCUAUAAAGCGUUGAGGAGAGGAGAGAAGAUCCCGAGUGAUUGGGCGCUGGAUAAGGAGGGGAAUAGGACGGAGGAUCCGGCGAGAGCGCUAGAAGGCGUUAUGUUGCCUAUGGGGGGACCGAAGGGCUCUGCGUUGUCGGUUAUGAUGGAUGUGUUUUCAGGAGUGUUGUCAGGCAGUGCAUUUGCGGGAGGGGUUGCGGGGCCGUAUGAUGCGACUAGAGCGGCUGAUGUAGGGCAUUUUCUGGUGGCGAUUAGGCCGGAUUUGUUUCUGGAUGGUGGGGUGGAGAAGUUCAGGGAGAGGAUGGGGAUUUUAUAUCAGAGGGUUGUAGGGUGUGAGAAGAUGGCGGGGGUGGAGAGGAUUUGGUUUCCGGGGGAGAUUGAGAUGGAUGCUGCUGAGGAGAGGAGGAAGAGCGGGAUCCCGUAUGUGCAAGCUGAGGUUGAGGCGUUGAAUAAGGAGGCGGAGAAAGUGGGUGUUCCGCAUAUUCAAGUCAUGUCCUAAUCUCGGACAUGGGAGAGAAAUCUUGGGAUAUAUGAGUCUAUGUAUCUUCUUCUCUGUCUUCUAAAGUUUCCUCGUCUAAAACAGCAGACAAUGCAUUCAGGACCAGAA